AUGGGCGUUCCCAAGGUGGUCGCCGACCUCCGGCUCCGCUGCCCGCAGCGCCCCGUCGUCGGAAUCCUCGCCUUCGAGGCCGCCUCUGCCAUGUCUCGCCUCGUAUCCCUCCACAGAUCCCUAGCCGAGGACGAAGUCCGCCGCCUCCGCGCCGACAUGCGCUCCCCUGGCGUCGCCUACUUGACCUCCAAAGAUCAGAUUUUUCUGCUCCGCCUCGCCUGCGCCGAGAUUGUAGGCGACCUCGACUUGGCCGCGGCCGCCGUCUCCCGCCUCGCGCCACGCUGCCGCGACCCCCUGCUCCGCUCCUUCGACCGCUUCUACGCCAACCUCAAGGCCGGCGGCGUGUUCUCUUUCCUCAUCGACGCUCGGGCUGCCGCCGACCUCGACCGCCUCGGCCUCGGCUCCACCGCGAAGCGGACGGAGAAACGGGUGAAGCGGAUGGAGCGGUACGUGGCGGCGACGUCGCGGCUGUACGCGGAGAUGGAAGCUCUUAAUGAGAUGGAGGCGGAGGAGAAGCGCACGCAGAAGCAGUGGCGCCGGCACAGCGGUCCGAUUCUCGUCCAGAAACCGAUGCCGGUGCCCGACUCGGUUCACUUCAAGCUCCGGUCGCAUGAGCAUAUGAUUCGCCGGCUAAAGGAGGAAUCUUUAUGGAACAAGACCUUCGACAAGGUUGUUGAGCUCAUGCUCCGCGCCGUCAUCACCGUCUUCGCCAGAAUCUGCUCCGUCUUCGGCUUGUACGUUCUUGGUUUGCCGUCUUCCGGCCAAUUCAAUCCCAAUAACCCCUGCAAGCACUCGUCGGGUCCGCUGGAGCGGCGUGUGGUGCCGCAGCACCUUCCGUUUCUUCGGAACUCUUCUCCGAUCCUGAGCACGCCGCCGGGAAUCGGCGCACAAGAAACGCCCUUCGACCGUCUGAAGAAAUUCCUCAAAGAGAGCCCGACCACCGUCGGCGGGUCGGGGCUCGCGUUGCGGUACGCCAACGUGAUCUUGGCCGCGGAGAAGUUGUAUCAAGAACGAAACAGAGUGGCGUCAGCGGCGGCGGAGCAGUCGGAGAGAGAUGAAUUGUACGAGAUGCUGCCGUCUGGGAUGAGGUCGGCGGUGAGGACGAAGCUGAGGGAUUGUUGGAGGAGGGAGGGCGCGGGGUUGCCGGCGGCGGGGGAUGACUCGCUGGCGGAGGGGUGGAAGGAGGCGGUGGCGGCGAUCCUAGAGUGGCUAGCGCCUGUGGCACACGACACGGUGCGGUGGCAGGAGCAGCGUAGCAUGGAGCGGGAGCAGCAGCUCUGCACGCGGCCUCGGACUCUGAUGCUACAGACGCUGCACUUCGCCGACGGCGACAAGACGGAGGCGGCCGUGGUCGAGGUGCUCGUCGGCUUGAGCUGCAUGUCGUGGUACGAUCACCGCCGGCGAGGAUCGAUCAGUGCCUAA